AACUUGAGGAACAUCGUCAUAUUCUAGAUGAUGAUAAUGUUAUAGAACUUGAAGAACAUCGUCAUAUUCUAGAUAAUGAUAAUGUUGAUAUUACAAAUGUCUAUAGUGACUUCACCGGAGAUAUAGAACUUGAGGAACAUCGUCAUAUUCUAGAUAAUGAUAAGAUCAAAGAUAUAGAACUUGAGGAACAUCGUAAUAUUCUGGAUAAUGAUAAUGAUGAUAUUACAAAUGUCUAUAGUAUAGAGACGAUGAAAUUACCACAACUUCCCCAUUCGCUGAUUAGGAGGGUGUUCAGUAGUUUUUCAAAUACCAAAUUAUCAAAGACUGCCAUGCAAGUGAUUAUUAGAUCACAAAUAUUUUUUGAGCAAAUUGCUACGGACUUGGCAACGUAUGCUGCGCACGGUAAACGGGAGAUUAUUCAAGACAAAGAU